AUGACCGAAGCUUCGUAAGUUUUCCAGAAUCCCAAAAAAGUAUGACCAAGAUUUUUAAGGGUUGAAUUGGGAAAAAUAAAUGAGAAGCCAGAAUCAAAAUCAAAACCAAAUGAAGAACCGCAAACUAGAAAUAUUGACAAAUAUUUGAGAUUUUAUUGUGAAAAAUGUGAGGUUAGUUAGUUGAAAUGCCACAUGGCUAAAUUUUUAAUCCGAAAGUCUUUAACUAAUCCACGUGGAACAAUUUCAUCACACAAUGAAUUUCCACUUGGUGAAGUCUUGAAUAAAAAAUUACAUAGAUCAAUUUAUAAAAAUUUUCAGAAAAUGUCGCCAAUCAAAAAAAUCUACAUUUUUGGUCCGCUCUCAAUAACUCUUCUCAUCCUCGGACUUUUUCUAAUUAUCCCUUUUUUAAUUGUUUUAUUUGUUCCCCAAGUUCGAAAAAUACAGUAUUGUUGUUAUAGAUGUAAUAAUAAAUCUGAUCGCCGAAUUUUGAAAAAACCAUAA